CAGCUGGGCGGGGGGUUCCAGCGGGACCAGAGCUACAGCGGGGAGAUCACACAGCUCAACCUCUGGGCCACAGAGCUCGCCAACCACACCAUCAAGAGGGUGUGUGCGUGUAGUGAGGACGUGGAGGGGUCAGCGUUGGGCUGGUCUGUGAUGGAGUGGCGGUUGUCGGGCCAGGCUCGAACCCUCACCCGUCUUCUUCCUCAACUCUGCGCCUCUGCCCCCCGAGCCUUCGUCUACUUCCCUCACCGCUUCCCCAUCAACCAGGCCCUCCAUCUCUGUCAGGAUGAGGCGGCCAUGGCGUGGUGGACCCCCAAGAGUGAUGGCAUGUACCCGUAUGGCACCAAGCCCUGGACUCUGGGCUCUGACCUGUGCAACAUGGACGCUGGCCACACCGUCAACCUCACUCUCUCAGUGUGUGGCUCGGGCAUGUUUACCUGCAGAAGCGGCUCCUGUAUUGGGCUUCACCAGCGGUGUGACCUGAAGGUAGACUGCCCAGACAAGAGUGACGAGGUUCAGUGCACCCUGGUGGACAUAUUACCAGGCUACAGUGUCAAUAUACCUCCGCCACCACUUGCUGGGGAGUCACAGCUGUCUGUCUACUUCAUUAUCAACAUCUUGUCGUUCCCUUCAAUAGCCACAGAAGAUCUUACCUUCGUCAGCACCAUGGAUAUAACAAUGCAAUGGAAAGACACAAGACUUAGAUAUUUAAAUCUGAAGGAGGACCGGACCUUAAAUGUUGUCUCAGAUGAAUACGUGUCAAAGAUCUGGACCCCUCAAGUGUUCUUCAGCAACGCGAAAGGCAAUGUGUUUACUAACCUCGAUAAAGGCUCACGUGUUGAGUGUAUACAAGAGGGCAAGCCUGUGGCUGGUGGGCCAGACCUUCCGGAGGAAGUGAGCAUGUUCGCGGGGAGUGAGAACAGUGUGCAGGUGAGCCAACUCUACAGCGUCACCUACAACUGCGACUUCAACCUCCUCAUGUUCCCCUUCGACGCCCAGGCGUGUGCCCUGACCUUCCGCCUGGUCUCCGCCUCCGCCGCCUACCUCACCCUCGUACCGGGACACGCUAACUACUCCGGCCAGAUCAACCUCGUCGAGUAUGCUAUUGGUCGUUUGUCCAUCAGCUCGUUCAAGGACGGAGGGUUCUCGUCCGUGGCUGUUCAAGUGAGGUUCGCGCGCCGCUACGGCUUCUACCUCCUCACGCUCUACAUCCCUACCAUCCUCCUUAUCUUCAUCGCUUAUGCUACCUUCUUCUUCAACCCUGAUGACUUUAACUCCCGUAUUACUGUGUGUCUCACGGCGCUUCUGGUCCUGGCGUCUCUCUACACCCAGACAUCCGGCUCCCUGCCCAAGACAUCAUACUUUAAGCUGGUUGAUGUCUGGCUCUUCUUCUCCAUCGUCAUGAUGUUCAUUAUUGUACUCUUGCAGACUCUCAUUGACUUCUACCACCAGAAAAUGUUUGAUGAUAACAGCAGAGUUGUUCAAUAUUUUAGAAAAAUGUACACGAGCUACUGCAAAAUAAUGCAAAAAUUUACUGAAGAAAACAAACUGACAAAUGAGUUAUCUGAUAAAGAUUCAACACCAAAAGCUAAAUCAAAUGGCAUUCAAAUUGAAGUAAAGAGCCUAGAGAUUUGUCGUUCCAAAUCCCGAACGAGAAGUUGUGUGAGCGGCGGAGGCCCAGAAGCGGCAGACACUGAUGGUGUAGAGAGCGAGGCGGCGCGACGCAUACCUGUGUAUGGACGUGCUGUGCGGAGGAUAGACUGGACCACCAACCAGGAUGUCAACAUGAGACUCAUGGAGAAGAGCAGGGUCUUGAUCCCUGCUAUCUUCAUCAUAUUCAACUGCACUUACUGGGGAGCAGCUCUUGGGUAUGUCAACACCAUAGAUGAUUGAAUUGAAAAAGGUGAAUAGAUACAACAGUGUCCCUAGAUGACAACGGCAGUCCAAAACGGCACAAGUACUCCAGAUGCUCCUUGAUGA